GUGCUUUGACCAAACAACCCGUCACAAGUACAUGGUUUAAAAGGUCAGAAACCCCCUCCACCGGGAAGAAGACCAACUUUCCAAAUCUAGUCAGUCCAUGGAUCCGAAGCCCGUCUUCGAAUCUCUCUGCCUCUGAGCACACGUCAAGGGUCACUCCUCUCCUUAGCAUCCACGUCUGGUAAUAAAAUGCUUAGUGCAACAUCAUUUUCUUCAAUGCUAUUGCUCUUACACUCCAUAUCAUCCUGAGUUUCCUCAACUCAGCGCUCGUUUACGUUUCAGGUUUCUUGCUGCUAAAUAUCGUUGGAUUCUGUGGAUUCAUCAUUUUGGAAAUCGGGAAAAGUUUAAUGGAAUUGAGGGGUCUCGUUUUGAAGCUGUUUUGAAUAUGAAAUUUGUGCUCUUAUGAGCUAGGGAUAUUUGGGAUUUUGAUACUAUUUUAACUAGUAUGAGUGGAAGGAAAACCAUGGGACGAGCUUCACCAAUAUUGCUGAUAAUAUUGUCUCUUGGGGUUUUCUUUGCAACAUAUAAUUUGUUAACAAUGAUAUUUGACCAUAGAUCUUUAGGGAAAUGGGCACCUGUUGAUACGGAUGGUGCAUUAUCAUUUGACCCCAUUAUUGAGAUGCCAGAGAAUGUGAGGAAACCGAAGAAUGCCAAGCUACUCUUCCAUGUUGCAUUAACAGCCACUGAUGCUCCUUACAACAAAUGGCAGUGUCGCAUUAUGUAUUUCUGGUACAAGAAGCAGAAGGACUUGCCAAGAUCGGAGAUGGGAGGGUUCACUCGGAUUUUGCAUUCAGGAAAUCCCGACAACUUGAUGGAUGAGAUUCCUACUGUUGUGGUUGAUCCUCUUCCUGCUGGAAUGGAUAGGGGAUACAUUGUUUUAAAUAGACCGUGGGCCUUUGUGCAAUGGCUGGAAAAGGCUACAAUAGAGGAAGAAUACAUUUUGAUGGCAGAGCCGGAUCACAUAUUUGUAAAGCCACUACCAAAUUUGGGACAUGGCGGAUAUCCAGCUGCCUUUCCAUUUUUCUACAUUAAGCCAGAUCAGCAUGAGAAAAUUAUAAGGAAGUUCUAUCCAGGCCCUGUGAAAAAUGUUGAUCCGAUCGGCAAUUCUCCUGUAAUUAUCAAGAAGGAUUUGUUGGAGAAGAUUGCUCCUACAUGGAUGAAUGUCUCUUUGAGAAUGAAAGAUGACCCGGAGACUGAUAAAACUUUUGGAUGGGUUUUGGAAAUGUAUGGCUAUGCUGUGGCUUCUGCUUUGCACGGUGUGCAGCAUAUUCUUCGGAAAGACUUCAUGCUGCAGCCCCCUUGGGAUUUGGAAAUUGGAAAAAAGUUCAUUAUUCAUUACACUUAUGGGUGUGACUACAACUUGAAGGGUGAGCUGACAUAUGGGAAAAUCGGAGAGUGGCGAUUUGACAAGAGGUCACAUCUACGUGGACCUCCACCAAGGAACCUCUCCUUGCCCCCUCCGGGUGUCCCUGAAAGUGUGGUUACCCUUGUUAAGAUGGUGAAUGAAGCAACUGCAAACAUUCCUAAUUGGGAUACACAGUAGAUGUUUGGUACCCCCCAUGGAACUCUGAUUUUGAGAAAAAGGAAAUUUUUUUUAUCUCUUUGUAACCCCCCCCCCCCCCCCCCCCCCCCCCAAUAAAAAAAAAAAAAAAAAAAAA